AUGAACUCUACCAUCACAUCUGCUUCUAAUACCACAUCUACUACAACAUCUCACAUUGAUGCUACCUCGUCUACUUCAAGCAAUGCCAAUUCUCGCCGAAAUUCAUUCUCAUCAUUUGUAAAGAAUCUGCUCUUGCUGGUAUCAUCAACACCAUCAUCCUCAAAUGCCAAUGAACAAGAUAGCAAUGAACAAAAAACUACAUACUCAGAACACAGUGAAUUCCAGAAUCUAUACUUUUCGUUCCCUGCAUUUAUCGAGGAGCCAACGGAUGAAUCAGCCUCUUCUUGUGGACAAAGCCACCACCAGUCAUUUAUUACAGAAUCAAGUCGUAUUAUGUGUUAA